AUGGAGGUCGACCAAAAUGAGAUUUACUAUUUCCUGGACCGGCAUCAUAAUUCAAAACGCUCAGGCUCCAACCCACCGGCUUAUCAGACCACCCAGCGGGGUCUUAGUAGCGGUCAAGGGCAGGUCUUAAGUGAGGAUGACCUGUUCGACUUUUGCUUCGACUGGAACCUUUAUACUCAGGACUACAAGGACAACUCAGACCCUCCCCUCAUCAUGGCUGAUGGUACUCCACUGUCCUUACAUGACUCUGGAAGCACAACAGAGACAUCAUCCAUCCGCACCCCCGAGACACUGCCGUCCAACCCGGAAUCCCCUUUGACAGACUAUGGCCCCCCUGCCUCUGAAGACUAUGACAACGACGACUUGGUCCCUGCUGGCAUCAAUGAACUCACCAAUCCUCACGACCCUUCCUACGAGGAAGAGGCCACGGUCGAAUAG